GGUGGGGGCCAAUGUCUAGGGCCUUUUGCUGUUUCUUUGUCCCCCAUGGGCUUCAUCCAGGCCCCCUGGGGAGCUGGCAUGUCCCUGGUCUCUGCCCAUCCCUGCUGGGCUCCCAGGCCUUCCGGAGCAAGGUUGGUUUCUUCCAUGCCUGGCGUGGGGGCUGCAUGGAUGGGCCACAGUGGGGCUUAGCAGGAAUGAGUAUGCACACAGGAGUUUUGAGAGAGCCCCUCUUCCUCACCCUGGCCUCACUUCCCGCCUAUGAGACUGCUGGGCUGUUGUAGCUGGAGGUCUUGCGUCCCAAGCAUGGAGGUUUCACUGUGGCCUUGAGUCCCGGUGACCACUAAUGUCAUAGUGGGGAGGUGUGUGUUAUUACCUGUGAGCAGAUGGCCCUCUGGCUAUGCAUGGUGGCCCUGGAUGUGUCGCUUUGCUUGCCUGUGGGACUUUUAGGGCAGGGGACAGCAGUGGGACUCUGCCCGGGUAGUGGAGGUUUCAUAGGGGCUGGAGGGGCUGCAGAUAAGCACUGGAGUCAGUUUCUCCAUCCUGGACAGGUUCUGGGCCCUGGAGUUUGCAUCCAGAGGCCCCCGGGAGAGUGAGGAUACCUCUGGGAGUAAGGCUGAGUGAUGCCGGACGAGGCACUGCACAUGGCUGGUCAGGGAGGGGCAUCCUGCCCUGUCCCUGGGGGCCAGAGCGGAGGUUCUAGGGGAAGGGGAAGUGCCUGGAGCUGAUCCCGGCUUCGUGUCCUGGCUGGGAUGGGGGGCGGCUCUUUGGCUGCAGAGCCAACCGACUGUCCUGGCCCUGCGCCCCUGCACUAGCGUGGCCUGACCGCUGGGCGGAGAGCUCGCCUGUGGUCGGGGAGUUUCUGCGCCCUCCCGGCUGUAACCUUCCCCCAGGGGGAGAUGGACUGUUCUUCACCACCCCUGCCCCGUGGAGGGUGCCACCCUUGGAGUUGGUGUCUUCGUCCCAGCGGUCCUGGGCCCUGUGACCGAGAUUCCCGACGACGAGAGACUGAGAAGACAGGAAGGAGGGGCGGGCUCCUGGCAAGGCAUCCGCUCCUGAACUCAGUCCUGCAAAAGAUGGAGAAGGAGGAGGAGACGACCCGGGAGCUGUUGCUGCCCAACUGGCAGGGCAGCGGCUCCCAUGGGCUGACCAUUGCCCAGAGGGACGACGGCGUCUUUGUGCAGGAGGUGAUGCAGAACUCCCCUGCGGCCCGCACUGGGGUGGUCAAGGAGGGGGACCAGAUUGUGGGUGCCACCAUCUACUUUGACAACCUGCAAUCAGGCGAGGUGACCCAGCUGCUGAACACCAUGGGGCACCACACAGUGGGCCUGAAGCUUCACCGCAAGGGCGACCGCUCCCCUGAGCCUGGCCAGACCUGGACCCACGAAGUCUUCAGCUCCCGAAGCUCCGAGGUGGUUCUGAGCGGGGAUGAUGAGGAGUACCAGCGCAUCUACACCACGAAGAUCAAGCCUCGGCUGAAGUCGGAGGAUGGCGUAGAAGGGGAUCCUGGGGAGACCCAGAGCCGCACCAUCACAGUGACUAGAAGGGUCACGGCCUACACUGUUGAUGUGACAGGCCGUGAAGGUGCCAAGGACAUCGACAUCAGCAGCCCUGAGUUCAAGAUCAAGAUUCCACGGCAUGAACUGACUGAAAUCUCCACUGUGGAUGUGGACACCCACCCUGGCAAGACAGUGAUCAGACUGCCCUCGGGCUCGGGGGCAGUGUCUCCGACCACAGGCUCUGUCGUGGACAUCCGAGCGGGGUCCGUUUCCGCUUCGGUACCAGAGCUCCAAGGUGCUGGCCACUCGAAGCUCCAGGUCACCAUGCCUGGGAUAAAGGUGGGAAGCCCAGGCGUCAGCGUCAGUGCGAAGGGCUUGGACUUGGGUGGCAAAGGAGGGGCCCAAGUUCCAGGAGUGGACAUUUCGUCUUCUCUUGGGGGUGGGGCAGUAGAGGUGCAGGACCCAUCUCUUGAGAGUGGCAGAAAUGGGAAAAUUAAAAUUCCCACAAUGAAAGUGCCAAAAUUUGGUGUCCCAACGGGGCCUGAGGGCCAGGUGCCAGUGGCAGGGUUGAGUGUUUCUGCACCUGAAUUCUCUGUGGGGCACAAGGGAGGCAAGCCAGGCCUGACCAUUGGUGGGAACAUCCAGACCCCUCAGCUAGAAGUCAGUGCUCCUUCUGCCAGUAUUGAGGGGCUUGAGGGGAAGCUGAAAGGCCCCCAAAUCACUGGGCCAUCACUUGAGACUGGUCUAGGCCUGAAAGGUGCCAAGUCACAGGGGAGCAUCGGGGUGGAUGUCUCUGUGCCCAAGAUUGAGGGCACCAUCACUGGCUCCAAUGUGGAAGUUCACGCCCCUGACGUUGAUAUUCACGGGCCUGGGGGCAAACUGAAUAUGCCCAAGAUGAAAGUUCCCAAAUUCUCUGUAUUAGGUUCUAAGGGAGAGGGAGCUGGCAUUGAUGUGACAGGUGCAGUGACUCUUCCUGGGGUCUCUGGGAACAUCAGUCUGCCUGAAGUUGCUGCCGGGGGGCUGGAAGGGAAGGUGAAGGGUACGAAAGUCAAGACUCCUGAAAUGAUUAUUCAAAAACCUAAAAUCUCCAUGCAGGAUGUGGAUCUGAGCCUUGGGUCUCCUAAACUGAAAGGAGAUAUUAAGGUUUCUGCGCCUGGGGUGCACGGUGAUGUUAAAGGCCCUCAAGUGGCAGUGAAAGGCGCCAAAGUGGACAUAGAGACACCUAGCCUUGAGGGGACUUUGACAGGACCCAAGCUUAGUAGUCCUUCUGGGAAAACAGGCACCUAUGGGAUCUCUAUGGCAGAUGUAGACUUAAAUGUGACUGCCCCUAAAGUGAAAGGGGGUGUGGAUGUUGCACUCCCAAAAGUAGAAGGGAAAGUCAAAGUCCCUCAAGUUGACAUCAAAGGACCCAAAGUGGACAUCAGGGCCCCAGAUGUGGAAGUGCAUGGCCCAGAAUGGAACCUGAAAGUGCCCAAGUUCAACGCUCCAGGAGUUGGAGGGGAAGGCCCAGAUGUAGAUGUGAAACUACCCAAAGGAGAUGUCAGUAUUUCAGGGCCCAAGGUCAACGUGGAGGCCCCAAAUGUCAACGUAGGGGGCCUGGGAGGCAAACUUAAAGGCCCUGAUAUUAAGCUGCCUGAAGUCAGUGUCAAGACACCAAAGAUCUCCAUGCCUGAUGUAGACUUACAUGUUAAAGGCCCAAAGGUAAAAGGAGAAUAUGAUGUAACAUCCCCAAAACUUGAAGGAGAACUGAAAGGCCCCAAAAUGGACAUUGAUGCCCCGGAUGUGGAUGUUCAUGGCCCAGACUGGCAUCUGAAGAUGCCCAAGAUGAAAAUGCCCAAAUUCAGUGUUCCAGGGCUCAAAGCGGAGGGCCCAGAAGUGGAUGUGAAUCUUCCCAAGGCUGAUGUGGACAUUUCUGGGCACAAGGUAGAUGUUAGUGGUCCAGAUGUGAGCAUUGAGGGACCAGACGGGAAAUUGAAGGGACCUAAGUUUAAGAUGCCUGAAAUGAAUAUCAAAGCCCCGAAGAUCUCCAUGCCAGAUGUGGACUUACAUCUGAAAGGCCCUAAGGUAAAAGGAGAAUACGAUGUCACAGUGCCAAAAGUUGAAGGUGAGAUUAAAGUUCCUGAUGUUGAACUUAAAAGUGCCAAAGUGGAUAUUGAUGCUCCAGAUGUUGAUGCUCAUGGCCCAGAUUGGCACCUGAAGAUGCCCAAAAUGAAAAUGCCCAAGUUCAGCAUGCCUGGCUUCAAAGCAGAGGGCCCAGAAGUGGAUGUGAACCUGCCCAAGACAGACGUUGACAUCUCAGGACCCACAGUGGACCUUGAAGUUCCAGAUGUGAAUAUUGAAGGACCCGAAGGAAAGCUGAAGGGUCCCAAGUUUAAGAUGCCGGAAAUGAAUAUUAAAGCCCCAAAGAUCUCUAUGCCUGAUGUAGAUUUGCAUAUGAAAGGUCCCAGGGUAAAAGGAGAAUAUGAUGUUACAGUGCCAAAGCUGGAAGGGGAACUCAAAGGGCCAAAAGUAGACGUCAGUGCCCCCGAUGUUGACGUUCAUAGUCCUGAAUGGAACCUAAAGAUGCCCAAGAUGAAAAUGCCCAAAUUUACCAUGCCCAGCCUCAAAGGGGAGGGCCCAGAAGUGGAUGUGAACCUGCCAAAGGCUGAUGUGGACAUUUCGGCACCCAAGAUAGAUAUUAGUGCUCCAGACUUGAGCCUUGAAGGACCAGAAGGAAAGUUGAAAGGUCCAAAGUUUAAGAUGCCUGAGAUGCACUUCAAAGCUCCUAAGAUGACUCUGCCAGAUGUUGACUUGGAUCUUAAAGGACCCAAAAUGAAAGGAAAUCUAGAUAUGUCUGCACCAAAAAUAGAAGGUGAAAUGAAAGUUCCAGAUGUGGACAUCAAAGGACCUAAGGUAGACAUUAAAGCACCAGAUGUGGAAGUCCAAGGUGCAGACUGGAGCCUGAAAAUGCCCAAGAUGAAAAUGCCCAAGUUCAGCAUGCCCAGCCUCAAAGGGGAGGGCCCAGAAGUGGAUGUGAACCUGCCCAAGGCUGACAUUGACAUCUCUGGACCCAAAGUGGACAUUGAAGCCCCGGACGUGAGCCUUGAAGGUCCAGAAGGGAAGCUGAAAGGCCCUAAGUUUAAGAUGCCCGAGAUGCACUUCAAGGCUCCCAAGCUCUCCAUGCCUGAUGUGGACUUACACUUGAAAGGUCCCAAAGUGAAAGGGGAUGUGGAUGUAUCUGUGCCCAAGAUAGAAGGUGAAAUGAAAGUGCCAGAUGUGGACAUCAAAGGCCCCAAAGUGGACAUUGAUGUCCCAGAUGUGGAUGUUCAUGGCCCAGACUGGAACUUGAAAAUGCCCAAGAUGAAAAUGCCCAAAUUUAGCGUGCCUGGCUUCAAAGGCGAGGGCCCAGAAGUGGAUGUGAACCUGCCCAAGGCUGACAUUGACGUAUCUGGCCCCAAGGUGGACAUUGAAGCCCCAGAUGUGAGCCUUGAGGGCCCAGAAGGGAAGCUAAAGGGCCCCAAGUUUAAGAUGCCUGAGAUGCACUUCAAGGCUCCCAAGAUCUCCAUGCCUGAUGUGAACUUGAAUCUUAAGGGGCCAAAACUGAAGGGAGAUGUGGACGUGUCUGUGCCUGAUGUAGAAGGUGAAAUAAAAGUGCCAGAUGUUGACAUUAAAGGGCCCAAAGUUGACAUCAGUGCUCCAGAUGUGGAUGUUCAUGGGCCAGACUGGCACCUGAAGAUGCCCAAGAUAAAAAUGCCCAAGAUCAGCAUGCCAGGUUUCAAAGGAGAGGGCCCAGAAGUGGAUGUGAACCUGCCCAAGGCUGACAUUGAUGUCUCAGGACCCAAGGUGGAUGUUGAAGUUCCAGAUGUGAAUAUUGAUGGUCCAGAUGCAAAAGUAAAAGGUCUUAAAUUUAAGAUGCCAGAAAUGAAUAUAAAGCCUCAGAAGAUAUCCAUGCCAGAUGUUGGUUUGCAUUUGAAAGGUCCUAAAAUGAAAGGAGAUUAUGAUGUUACAACUCCAAAGGUAGAAGGAGAGAUAAAAGCUCCUGAUGUUGACAUCAAAGGGCCCAAAGUGGACAUUAAUGCACCAGAUGUGGGGGUUCAUGGCCCAGACUGGCACCUGAAGAUGCCCAAGGUGAAAAUGCCCAAGUUCAGCAUGCCAGGCUUCAAAGGAGAGGGCCCAGAAGUGGAUGUAAACCUGCCCAAGGCUGACAUUGAUGUCUCUGGACCCAAGGUGGACAUUGAUGUUCCAGAUGUGAAUAUUGAAGGUCCAGAGGGGAAACUAAAGGGUCCCAAGUUUAAGAUGCCAAGCAUGAAUAUACAGACACACAAAAUCUCUAUGCCUGAUGUUGGACUUAAUCUGAAAGCCCCUAAACUGAAAACUGAUGUCGAUGUUUCCCUUCCCAAAGUGGAAGGAGACUUGAAAGGUCCUGAAAUUGACAUGAAGGCCCCGAAGAUGGAUGUGGAUGUUGGUGAUAUUGAUAUUGAAGGUCCAGAAGGAAAGCUGAAGGGCCCUAAGUUUAAGAUGCCUGAGAUGCACUUCAAGACCCCCAAGCUCUCCAUGCCUGAUGUGGACUUACACUUGAAAGGUCCCAAAGUGAAAGGGGAUGUGGAUGUGUCUGUGCCCAAGAUAGAAGGUGAAAUGAAAGUGCCAGACGUGGACAUCAAAGGCCCCAAAGUGGACGUCGAUGUCCCAGAUGUGGAUGUUCAUGGCCCAGACUGGCACCUGAAGAUGCCCAAGGUGAAAAUGCCCAAGUUCAGCAUGCCUGGCUUCAAGGGUGAAGGCCCAGAAGUGGAUGUGAACCUGCCCAAGGCUGACAUUAAUGUGUCUGGCCCCAAAGUGGACAUUGAUGCUCCUGAUUUGGAUAUCGAAGGACCAGAAGGAAAAUUAAAGGGCUCUAAAUUUAAGAUGCCUAAGUUGAAUAUCAAAGCUCCUAAGAUAUCCAUGCCAGAUGUGGACUUGAAUUUGAAGGGACCCAAAGUGAAAGGAGAAAUAGAUGCUUCCGUGCCUGAACUAGAAGGUGAUCUCAGAGGUCCACAAGUUGAUAUCAAAGGUCCUGGUGUGGAUGUGGAGAUGCCUGAUGUUGACCUGGAAUGUCCUGAUGCAAAGUUGAAAGGCCUUAAGUUUAAGAUGCCCGAGAUGCACUUCAAGGCUCCCAAGCUCUCCAUGCCUGAUGUGGACUUACACUUGAAAGGUCCCAAAGUGAAAGGGGAUGUGGAUGUAUCUGUGCCCAAGAUAGAAGGUGAAAUGAAAGUGCCAGAUGUGGACAUCAAAGGCCCCAAAGUGGACAUUGAUGUCCCAGAUGUGGAUGUUCAUGGCCCAGACUGGAACUUGAAAAUGCCCAAGAUGAAAAUGCCCAAAUUUAGCGUGCCUGGCUUCAAAGGCGAGGGCCCAGAAGUGGAUGUGAACCUGCCCAAGGCUGACAUUGACGUAUCUGGCCCCAAGGUGGACAUUGAAGCCCCAGAUGUGAGCCUUGAGGGCCCAGAAGGGAAACUGAAGGGCCCCAAGUUUAAGAUGCCUGAGAUGCACUUCAAGGCUCCCAAGAUCUCCAUGCCUGAUGUGAACUUGAAUCUUAAGGGGCCAAAACUGAAGGGAGAUGUGGAUGUAUCUGUGCCAAAAUUGGAAGGAGAUUUGAGAGGCCCCAGUGUGGAUGUGGAGAUGCCUGAUGUUGACCUGGAAUGCCCUGAUGCAAAGUUGAAAGGCCCUAAGUUUAAGAUGCCAGACAUGCACUUCAAGACCCCCAAGCUCUCCAUGCCUGAUGUGGAUUUACACUUAAAAGGCCCCAAAGUGAAAGGGGAUAUGGAUGUGUCUGUGCCCAAGAUAGAAGGUGAAAUGAAAGUGCCAGAUGUGGACAUCAAAGGCCCCAAAGUGGACAUUGAUGCCCCAGAUGUGGAUGUUCAUGGCCCGGAGUGGCACCUGAAGAUGCCCAAGAUGAAAAUGCCCAAGUUCAGUAUGCCUGGCUUCAAAGGCGAGGGCCCAGAUGUGGAUGUGAACCUGCCCAAGGCUGACAUUGACAUCUCUGGACCUAAGGUGGACAUUGAAGCCCCGGAUGUGAGCCUUGAAGGUCCAGAAGGGAAGCUGAAAGGCCCUAAGUUCAAGAUGCCUGAAAUGCACUUUCAUGCCCCUAAGAUCUCCAUGCCUGAUGUUGAUUUCAACUUAAAAGGGCCUAAAGUCAAAGGAGACUUUGAUGUUUCUGCCCCAAAGCUGGAGGGAGAGUUAAAGGGUCCAGAAUUGGAUGUGAAAGGCCCCAAAUUGGAUGUUGACAUGCCAGACGUAGCUGUGGAAGGUCCAGAUGGAAAAUGGAAAAGUCCUAAAUUUAAGAUGCCAGACAUGCACUUUAAGGCUCCCAAAAUCUCCAUGCCAGAUGUUGAUUUACACUUAAAGAGUCCCAAGAUAAAGGGAGACGUGGAUGUUGAUGUUCCGAAAUUGGAAGGUGACCUCAAAGGGCCAGAUCUCAAAGGUGACAUCAGUGGGCCAGAUAUUGACAUUGAAGGACCAGAGGGCAAAUUGAAAGGUCCUAAGUUCAAGAUGCCUGACAUGCAUUUCAAAGCCCCAAAUAUUUCUAUGCCUGAUGUGGACUUAAAUUUGAAAGGACCCAAAAUCAAGGGGGAUGUUGAUGUGUCUGUGCCUGAGGUAGAAGGUAAAAUUAAAGUACCAGAUGUGAACAUCAAGGGCCCCAAAGUAGACAUAAAUGCUCCUGAUGUUCAUGGCCCAGACUGGCACCUGAAGAUGCCCAAAAUGAAAAUGCCCAAGUUCAGCAUGCCUGGUUUUAAAACAGAGGGCCCAGAAGUAGAUGUGAAUCUUCCCAAGGCUGACAUUGAUGUCUCAGGACCCAAGGUUGACAUUGAAGUCCCAGACAUGAGCAUUGAGAGUCCGGAGGGAAAGAUCAAAGGGCCUAAAUUUAAAAUGCCAGAAAUGAACAUCAAAGCUCCCAAGAUCUCGAUGCCAGACAUAGAUUUACACUUGAAAGGUCCUAAGGUCAAAGGAGAUGUGGAUGUUUCCCUACCUAAGGUGGAAGGUGACCUAAAGGGCCCCAAAGUGGACAUUGAUGCCCCAGAUGUGGAUAUUCAAAGCCCAGACUGGCACCUGAAGAUGCCCAAGAUGAAAAUGCCCAAGUUCAGCAUGCCAGGCUUCAAAGGAGAGGGCCCAGAAGUGGAUGUGAACCUACCCAAGGCUGACAUUGAUGUUUCAGCACCCAAGGUGGACAUCGAAGGCCCUGAUGUUAACAUUGAGGGACCAGAGGGAAAGUUGAAAGGUCCCAAGUUCAAGAUGCCUGAGAUGAACAUCAAAGCCCCUAAGAUCUCCAUGCCUGACUUUGAUUUGCACCUGAAAGGUCCUAAGGUCAAAGGAGAUGUGGAUGUUUCCCUGCCUAAGGUGGAAGGUGACCUAAAAGGCCCUGAAGUUGACAUCAAAGGGCCCAAGGUGGACGUUGAUGUCCCAGAUGUGGAUGUGCAUGGCCCAGACUGGCACCUGAAGAUGCCCAAGAUAAAAAUGCCCAAGAUCAGCAUGCCAGGCUUCAAAGGCGAGGGCCCAGAAGUGGAUGUGAACCUGCCCAAGGCUGACAUUGAUGUCUCAGGACCCAAAGUGGAUGUUGAAUGCCCUGAUGUGAAUAUUGAAGGACCUGAAGGAAAGUGGAAAAGUCCAAAGUUUAAGAUGCCUGAAAUGCAUUUUAAGACUCCUAAGAUAUCUAUGCCAGAUAUUGACCUUAAUCUAUCAGGUCCAAAAAUAAAAGGAGAUGUGGAUGUCACAGGUCCUAAGUUAGAGGGAGACCUGAAAGGCCCUGAAGUUGACCUCAAAGGCCCUAAAGUGGACAUUGAUGUCCCAGAUGUGGAUGUUCAUGGCCCAGACUGGCACUUGAAGAUGCCCAAGAUGAAAAUGCCCAAGUUCAGCAUGCCAGGCUUCAAAGGAGAGGGCCCAGAAGUGGAUGUGAGCCUGCCCAAGGCUGACAUUGAUGUCUCUGGACCCAAGGUGGACAUUGAUGUUCCAGAUGUCAGUAUCGAAGGUCCAGAUGCAAAAUUGAAGGGCUCCAAGUUCAAGAUGCCAGAGAUGAACAUCAAAGCUCCCAAGAUCUCCAUGCCUGACUUUGAUUUGCACCUGAAAGGUCCCAAGGUAAAGGGAGAUGUGGAUGUGUCUCUGCCUAAGGUGGAAGGUGACCUGAAGGCCCCUGAGGUUGACAUCAAAGGCCCCAAGGUGGACGUUGAUGUCCCAGAUGUGGAUGUGCAUGGACCAGACUGGCACCUGAAGAUGCCCAAGGUGAAAAUGCCCAAGUUCAGCAUGCCAGGCUUCAAAGGAGAAGGCCCCGAUGUGGAUGUGAACCUGCCUAAGGCCGACAUUGAUGUAUCAGCACCCAAGGUGGACAUUGAUGUCCCAGAUGUGGAUGUGCAUGGCCCAGACUGGCACCUGAAGAUGCCCAAGAUAAAAAUGCCCAAGAUCAGCAUGCCAGGCUUCAAAGGCGAGGGCCCAGAAGUGGAUGUGAACCUACCCAAGGCCGACAUUGAUGUAUCAGCACCCAAGGUGGACAUCGAAGGCCCUGAUGUUAACAUUGAGGGACCAGAGGGAAAGUUGAAAGGUCCUAAGUUCAAGAUGCCUGAGAUGAACAUCAAAGCCCCCAAGAUCUCCAUGCCUGACUUUGAUUUGCACCUGAAAGGUCCCAAGGUAAAGGGAGAUGUGGAUGUUUCCCUGCCUAAGGUGGAAGGUGACCUAAAAGGCCCUGAAGUUGACAUCAAAGGGCCCAAGGUGGACGUUGAUGUCCCAGAUGUGGAUGUUCACGGGCCAGACUGGCACCUGAAGAUGCCCAAGGUGAAAAUGCCCAAGUUCAGCAUGCCAGGCUUCAAAGGCGAGGGCCCAGAAGUGGAUGUGAACCUGCCCAAGGCUGACAUUGACAUAUCUGGACCCAAGGUGGAUAUUGAAGCCCCAGAUGUGAGCCUUGAGGGCCCAGAAGGGAAACUGAAGGGCCCCAAGUUUAAAAUGCCUGACCUGCACCUCAAGGCCCCCAAGAUCUCCAUGCCUGAAGUGGACCUGAACCUGAAGGGUCCCAAGGUAAAGGGUGAUGUGGAUGUGUCUCUGCCUAAAGUAGAAGGUGACCUCAAGGGCCCGGAAGUUGACCUCAGGGGCCCGAAAGUGGACAUUGACGUCCCAGAUGUGGAUGUUCAUGGGCCAGACUGGCACCUGAAGAUGCCCAAGGUGAAAAUGCCCAAGUUCAGCAUGCCAGGCUUCAAAGGAGAGGGCCCAGAAGUGGAUGUGAACCUGCCCAAGGCUGACAUUGAUGUCUCUGGACCCAAGGUGGAUGUGGAAGUUCCAGAUGUGCAUAUUGAAGGUCCAGAUGCAAAACUGAAGGGCCCUAAGUUCAAGAUGCCAGAGAUGAACAUCAAAGCUCCCAAGAUCUCCAUGCCUGAUAUUGACUUACACCUGAAAGGUCCCAAGGUAAAGGGUGAUGUGGAUGUUUCUUUGCCUAAAGUGGAAGGUGACCUCAAGGGCCCGGAAGUUGACAUCAAAGGGCCUAACGUGGACAUUGACAUCCCAGAUGUGGAUGUGCAUGGGCCAGACUGGCACCUGAAGAUGCCCAAGGUGAAAAUGCCCAAGUUCAGCAUGCCAGGCUUCAAAGGAGAGGGCCCAGAAGUGGAUGUGAACCUGCCCAAGGCUGACAUUGACAUAUCUGGACCCAAGGUGGACAUUGAUGUUCCAGAUGUGAAUAUUGAAGGUCCAGAUGCAAAACUGAAGGGCCCUAAGUUCAAGAUGCCAGAGAUGAACAUCAAAGCUCCCAAAAUCUCCAUGCCUGACCUUGACUUUAAUCUGAAGGGCCCCAAAAUGAAGGGUGAUGUAGAUGUGUCUCUGCCCAAAGUGGAAGGUGACCUCAAGGGCCCUGAAAUAGACAUAAAGGGCCCCAAAUUGGACAUUGACACUCCUGAUGUCAACAUUGAAGGCCCAGAAGGAAAAUUGAAGGGGCCCAAAUUUAAGAUGCCAGAUAUGCAUAUUAAAGCCCCCAAGCUCUCCAUGCCUGACUUUGACUUAAAUUUGAAAGGCCCAAAGGUAAAGGGGGAUGUGGAUCUUUCAUUACCUAAGGUGGAAGGCGAUCUAAAAGGGCCAGAGGUGGACAUUGAAGGUCCUGAAGGGAAACUCAAAGGUCCCAAAUUUAAGAUGCCUGAUGUCCAUUUCAAAACCCCACAAAUCUCCAUGAGUGACAUCGAUUUGAACUUGAAAGGACCGAAGAUAAAGGGAGAUUUGGACAUUUCCAUUCCUAAACUGGAAGGAGAUCUGAAAGGCCCCAAAGUGGAUGUUAAAGGCCCUAAUCUAGACAUAGACACUCCUGAUGUUGACAUUCAUGGCCCAGAAGGGAAACUGAAGGGCCCCAAGUUUAAAAUGCCUGACCUGCACCUCAAGGCCCCCAAGAUCUCCAUGCCUGAAGUGGACCUGAACCUGAAGGGUCCCAAGGUAAAGGGUGAUGUGGAUGUGUCUCUGCCUAAAGUAGAAGGUGACCUCAAGGGCCCGGAAGUUGACCUCAAGGGCCCGAAAGUGGACGUUGACGUCCCAGAUGUGGAUGUUCAUGGGCCAGACUGGCACCUGAAGAUGCCCAAGGUGAAAAUGCCCAAGUUCAGCAUGCCAGGCUUCAAAGGAGAGGGCCCAGAAGUGGAUGUGAACCUGCCCAAGGCUGACAUUGAUGUCUCUGGACCCAAGGUGGAUGUGGAAGUUCCAGAUGUGCAUAUUGAAGGUCCAGAUGCAAAACUGAAGGGCCCUAAGUUCAAGAUGCCAGAGAUGAACAUCAAAGCUCCCAAGAUCUCCAUGCCUGAUAUUGACUUACACCUGAAAGGUCCCAAGGUAAAGGGCGAUGUGGAUGUUUCUUUGCCUAAAGUGGAAGGUGACCUCAAGGGCCCGGAAGUUGACAUCAAAGGGCCCAACGUGGACAUUGACAUCCCAGAUGUGGAUGUGCAUGGGCCAGACUGGCACCUGAAGAUGCCCAAGGUGAAAAUGCCCAAGUUCAGCAUGCCAGGCUUCAAAGGAGAGGGCCCAGAAGUGGAUGUGAACCUGCCCAAGGCUGACAUUGACAUAUCUGGACCCAAGGUGGACAUUGAUGUUCCAGAUGUGCAUAUUGAAGGUCCAGAUGCGAAACUGAAGGGCCCUAAGUUCAAGAUGCCAGAGAUAAAUAUCAAAGCUCCCAAAAUCUCCAUGCCUGAUGUUGACUUGGAUUUGAAAGGACCCAAAGUCAAAGGAGAUUUUGAUGUGUCUGUCCCUAAGAUUGAAGGUACUUUCAGAGGCCCAGAAGUAGACCUUAAAGGUCCAGGUGUGGAUAUUGAAGGCCCUGAUGUCAAGCUUAGCGGCCCAAAUUUAAAGAUGCCAUCGCUGGAUAUAUCUGCCCCUAAAGUAACUGUUCCUGAUGUUGAUUUGCAUCUCAAGACACCCAAAAUUGGGGUUUCUGGUCCCACGUUAGGUGGUGAACUGGACCUCAAAGGACCCAAAGUUGAUUUAGAAGCUCCAAGCUUGGAUGUACACAUGGAGAGCCCAGAUAUCAAUGUUGAGGGGCCAGAUAUUAAAAUUCCCAAAUUUAAGAAACCCAAGUUUGGAUUUGGGGCAAAAAGUCCCAAAGCUGACCUCAAGCCAGCUUCCUUGGAUGUGGCUGUUCCCGAGGCAGAACUGAACGUCGAGACUCCUGACAUCAGUGUUGGUGGCAAGGGCAAGAAAAGUAAGUUUAAAAUGCCUAAGAUUCACAUGAGUGGUCCUAAAAUGAAGGCCAAAAAACAGGGAUUUGAUUUGAAUGUUCCUGGGGGUGAAGUUGACGCCAGUCUCAAGACUCCUGACGUAGAUGUCAAUGUUGUGGGGCCAGAUGCCACACUUAAAGUUGAUGUGAAAUCCCCCAAAACCAAGAAACCUAUGUUUGGAAAGAUGUACUUUCCCGACGUAGAAUUUGACAUUAAAUCACCUAAAUUUAAAGCAGAGGCCCCCCUCCCUAGCCCCAAGAUAGAGGGUGAAAUCCAGGCACCUGAUCUGGAUAUUUCUUCAGGGAUUAAUGUGGAAGGUCCUGACCUCAAGCUGAAGGCUCCGAAGUUGAAGGUGCCAGGUAUGGAUGUUUCCGGCCCCAAAAUAGAGGGCGACUUCAAAGGCCCCAGAGUGCAGGCAAACUUGGAUGCACCUGACAUCAACAUUGAAGGCCCAGAUGCUAAAGUCAAAGCACCAUCGUUCGGCAUUUCUGCCCCUCAGGUCUCCACCCCCGAUGUGAACAUUAACUUGAAAGGACCAAAGUUAAAGGGUGAUGUCUCCAGUGUGGGACUGGAAGGACCAGACAUAGAUCUGCAAGGUCCAGAAUCGAAAAUCAAGUUCCCCAAGUUUUCAAUGCCCAAGAUCGGCGUCCCUGGUGUGAAAAUGGAAGGCGGAGGAGCUGAGGUCCAUGCCCAGCUGCCUUCUCUUGAAGGAGGCUUGAGUGCACCUGAUGUUAAUCUUGAAGGAACUGAUGUGUCUCUGAAGGGGCCAAAAGUAGACUUGCCUUCAGUGAACCUCUCUAUGCCCAAAGUCUCUGGACCUGACCUUGACCUGAAUUUGAAAGGACCAAGUUUGAAGGGAGACCUGGAUGCCUCUGUUCCCAGCGUGAAGGUGCAUGCCCCAGGGCUUGACCUCAGAGGUGUCGGUGGAAAGGUGAGGAUGGAAGGAGAUGGUGUGAAAAUGCCGGGGAUUGAUGCCACAGCGCUAAACCUUGGCCUUGGCGCGCCAGACGUGACCCUGAAGGGACCAAGCCUGCAGGGAGACUUGGCUGUCUCUGGUGACAUCACAUGCCCUAAGGUAUCAGUAGGUGCCCCUGAUCUCAGCUUGGAGGCACCUGAAAGUGGCAUUAAACUUCCCAAAAUGAAGCUGCCCCAGUUUGGCAUCUCCACACCAGGGUCCGACUUGGACAUCAGUGUCAAGGGGCCACAAGUGACCGGAGAACUAAAGGGGCCAGGUGUGGAUGUGAACCUCGGAGGCCUGAACCUGAAAGGGCCUCAGAUCUCUGGCCCUCAAAUCUCAGCACCGGACAUGGCCUUGAACUUGGAAGGACCAAAAAUAAAAGGGAGCCUCGGGGCCACUGGUGAGGUGAAAGGCCCCGCUGUUGGAGGAGGCCUUCCGGGCAUCAGCGUGCAGGGCCUCGAAGGAAACCUCCAGAUGCCUGGGGUUAAGGCCUCUGGAUGUGAUGUGGAGCUGUCAGGUGUGAAUGUGAAACUGCCAACGGGGCACAUUUCUGGUCCUGAAAUCAAAGGCGAUCUGAAAGGUUCGGGAAUAGGUUUCCAGGGUGCUGUUCCUGACAUUAGCGUGAAGGGGCCUUCAUUUAAUAUGGCAUCUCCUGAGGCAGAUUUCGGUGUCAGCUUGAAGGGCCCGAAAAUCAAAGGAGGUGUGGAUGUAUCAGGGGCUGUCAGCGCCCCGGCUGUCAGUCUGGGUGAAGGGCAUAUGAGUGUCAAAGGUUCUGGGGGUGAGUGGAAAGGACCCCAGGCCUCCUCCGCUCUCAACGUGGAUGUGCCUAAGCUUGCCGGGGGACUUCAUUUCUCAGGACCAAAGGUAGAAGGACUCCAGGGUCCUGGGCUGAGUGCGUCUGGGUCUCCAGGCCACUUGGAAAGCAGAUCUGGAAAAGUAACAUUCCCCAAAAUGAAGAUCCCCAAAUUCACCUUCUCUGGCCGGGAGCUGGUUGGCAGAGAAGUGGGGGUGGAUAUUAACUUCCCGAAAGUGGAGGCCACUGUCCAGGCUGGUGCCGGAGAGGGCGAGUGGGAAGAGUCCGAUGUAAAACUUAAAAAGUCCAAAAUCAAAAUGCCCAAGUUCAAUUUUUCCAAACCUAAAGGGAAAGGUGGUGUCACUGGCUCACCGGAAGCAUCCAUUUCAGGGUCCAAAGGCGACCUGAAGAGCUCCAAGGCCAGCCUCGGUUCUCUGGAAGGAGAAGCAGAGGCUGAAACAUCGUCGCCCAAAGGCAAAUUCUCUUUGUUUAAAAGCAAGAAGCCGCGGCACCGCUCAUAUUCCUUCAGUGACGAAAGGGAGCUGUCUGCGCCUUCCACCCCGACGGGGACUUUGGAGUUUGAAGGUGGGGAAGUGUCACUGGAAGGCGGGAAAGUCAAAGGGAAACCCGGAAAGCUGAAAUUUGGUACCUUCGGUGGAUUGGGGUCAAAGAGCAAAGGCCAUUAUGAGGUGACUGGGAGCGAUGACGAGGCAGGCAAGUUACAGGGCAGUGGCGUGUCCCUGGCCUCUAAGAAGUCCCGACUGUCCUCUUCUUCUAGCAAUGACAGCGGGACUAAGGUUGGCAUCCAGCUUCCCGAGGUGGAGCUAGUCGUUUCCAAGAAGGAGUAGCAGGUCUCUGUGUGGGUGUACAUAUAUGUAUAAAAAUACAUCAGCCUUGGGUGUGUUUGUAUAUAAACUCCAAAGAGAAACACGCCAACAGACAGCCUCAGCAUAAUGCAAAGUCCUGGCCUCUGCCAGUAGCAAGCGCUGAAAAGCCAACCGCCCUUAAGCUCACGGCCGGCGCUUUACAGAUAGGUAAAGAGUUCCAAGUUCGUCCAGCCCAUGUGCAGAGUCAACAGUAUUUGCCUUAAGAUUUCAGUUUUUUGUUUUUUUUUUUUUUUUUUUUUUUUUUUUUGCAUUGAACGCUGAGAGCUCCUGUUUACUAAGCAAGCUUCUGUGUUUAUUAUCCUCAUUUUUACUGAACAUUGUUAGCGUUGGGGCAAUGGAAACCCACUUUUUCAUUGUAAUGACUUUUGGGGCUUUUGUUAGUAAGGGUGGGGUGGGGUGGAAGGCAGUAGGGAGGGUCAGACCUCCAUUUCUCCUAAGAUUGGAUCUAUUCAAACAGCAAACACCCAGUGAGGGCCGAGAGGAGCCAGCGGGCAGGGCAGGGCAGGGCAGGGCGUGUGGGUGUUUCUCGAUCUCUGUAGCAUCACUUCUCCCCACCCCACCCCCCCCCCCCAUGGGUGGCGGUCCCAGCCAGUUUGGUGCUCAUGGUGAGAGGGAAUUACAAUCUGUUUGCAGAUUGGCCAACCCACCAGCUCCACGGAGGGGCUUCCAUUCUGUGUAUCGUAGGAGAGAUGUUUAUCUUCAUGACCGCCACAUUCCUGAAACUAGUUCUGAUAUCUUUUAAAAAAGUUACCGUGAUUAAGAAAAUGUCCCGCACUUUAAUGGCAAAUUAAUGGAGAAUGUAAGGAAAUUGAUGCUGUCGAAGGCAAAUAAAGCUGUUUAUUAACCCUGA